GUACCCAUGCGUCGAACUACUUGAGUACCCAGGUAGCUGGUGUAUCUGUCGCGGCCCUGAGGAUUGUAAAGGCUCACAGCUUAUCUUGACUUGGUUGACUUGACACUCUAAUCCGAUAUAGAGCUGAUUUCCUACUUCCUCAAGUUAUCAAACUACCUACAUAGGUACUUAACAUAUCUGGCUCCACAGCUGAGACGAAGAGAUUGGGUUAGUCUCGUUCGCACCCCACGUUCCAAAUGUAGGCCCUGAUAAGCCAUCGGACAGAUCAAAUUUUUGGUACAAACCAGCUCAUAUCUCUGUUCUACCUCAGCCUUCUUCAAUUCAUCUGUCGUGUAUUAGACAAUGCAGAGAGCCAAGCUCAAGGGAUCUCGGCCACAGACACGGCCUCAGGCUGAUGGGUUACAAGAGACGAGAUACCGUGGGCUCUCUUCCCAGAGCACAUCCUCUAAUAGUCUCGGUACUGGGGACCAAUUCAACGCUCCCCAGGGCAACAUGAGCGUCACUCAAGGCCCCGGUAAUCAAUUCCCUGGGGCUAAUUUCCAAGGGACUGUGAAUUUCCACACUACCGGCAAGGCCCACUCGGCUUCGCCAUUACAAGAAUGCUUACAGUCGCUGGCUUUUCCAGAAAUGGACAGGCGGUCGAACGAUAUCGAUAUUGCAGCACAGGGAACAUGCGAGUGGCUAUUUCAACACGAAAAGUUCACGAGGUGGGAGAGGAGUGACCGAGCCCUGCUUUGGAUCAAGGGGAAGCCCGGCUCCGGGAAGUCGACGUUAUUGCGACACGUUCUGAAACAGCUCGAAGUUAAGAAAGGAGGGGAAGACUUGAUCUUUCUCUCAUUCUUCUUCCACGGCCGUGGCUCUGAACUCCAAAAGACACCGUCGGGCCUCUUUCGCGCGCUUCUUUACCAGCUCAUCACAAGUAACUUGGAUCAGACCCCCGACGCCGCAAUCACAGGAUUCGUGAACGAUUUUGAAAGACAAUGCAAAACCAGGGGUAAGCUGGGCGAAGGGUGGCAGUGGGACCCGCAAGCUUUGCGACGCUCUCUCAACUCAUUGCUCCAGAGUGUCUUGACAACUCGCCCAGUAUGGCUAUUCAUUGAUGCGUUAGACGAAUGUGGGAGAAAGGACGCCGUGAGGCUGGUCGAAGAGUUCAAAUCCUUGCUCAAGAGUUCCCAAUAUAACAGCUCAAAACAGUUUCACAUCUGCUUCACUUGUCGUCACUACCCGAAUCUGGAUAUGAAUACAGAUGACUUGUUCGAAAUACACGUUGAGGAUGAAAACAGGACAGACAUAUCGACGUUCGUUGGAGAGAAGCUGUCUUCGUUUCAAGGAAGAACGAAAUCCAGUAUUCCAGAUUUGAUCAUACAACGUGCCAACGGCGUUUUUUUGUGGGCAGAGCUUGUGGUGAAGAAUGUUCUGGACCUGGACCGCGAUGGGGAGACAGUGUGCAAGAUUGAAGCGGAAAUCUCUUCUGUUCCUCAGGAGCUAGAUGACUUGUUCCGCGAACUCAUCCGAGAGAUGGACUCGGCAUCUCUGAAGCUAAUCCAGUGGAUCUGCUUUGCUAUGCGACCCUUGACAGUCGACGAAUUGCGAUGGGCUAUGUUUAUCGACGUUGACUGCCGUCACAGGUCAUUGCAGGCAUGUCAUAAUUCGAAGCAUUACGAGCCGGACAGUAAGAGGUUCAAGAGACGAGUUCAGACGCUCAGCCGCGGUCUUGCUGAGGUGACCUCAGACGAACAGACUGUCCAGUUCAUCCAUCAGUCGGUCAAGGACUUUUUUAUCCAGAAAGGUUUAUCAGCUCUGGACACCAGUCCGACAAUACGCUUUUUCACAGCCCUGGAGGUCAUUCACCAAUCUAUCAAGGACUUUUCCAUCAAAAAGGGUCCAUCAGUCCUGGACGAGGGCCCGGGCUUGUACAUGUCAACCACUCUAAUUGUGCUCGCUACCGUAUUUUUUUACUUGCACUACUUCACGAGAGGCCCUCAAAGUCUCUCACCAGGUCAUUCUUCUCCUCCACCUAUUAUCCGUGCGAUGGUCUCAGCUUUCUUGGUGCGCGGUGUAUCGGUCCGGGACGCCAAAGCCGAUUUUAUCGCGCGCAUCGCACACUAUCGACUAUCCAGGAUCUGUAUACGCUACUUAGCAAUGGAGGAGGUCGGUCGGUCGACAGAGCAUGAAGAUGAUGACUUUCCUUUUCUGCGUUACGCCUUGACCUCAUGGGUCCCUCACACAAAGGCGAGUGACGCUAGAAGUGUCCCUCAAGAGGAUCUUUUGGAAUGCUUUGAGUGGUCGUCACACUCUGUCGUGGAACGAUGGGUGCGUGUUUACAGAGAGAUCCAUGCUUUGAAAUAUUCCAAUUACCAUCCACCAGAUGGAACUAGUCUGGUGCAUGUCUUGUCGAGAUACGGGUUAUUGGGACCACUGAGGGUCAUAAUGCAGAGGGCGGACCACACUGAUGUUGACAUUAAAGACGGGGUUGGCCGGACGCCCUUAUCGUAUGCUGCCGAGUUUGGGCACGAGGCCGUUAUACGACUACUCCUCGACAACGGCGCCUAUAUCGAGACGGCCGACAAGAAUGGCCGGACGCCACUAUCGCGUGCUACUACACAAGGGCACGGUGCCGUGAUACAACUACUCCUCGACAACGGCGCCUAUAUUGAGGCGGCUGAUAACGAUGGCUGGACACCAUUAAUGUACGCUGUUACACCUUGGCUUAAGCCUGUUGUGCGCCAGCUCUACCACAGCGGCCCCAGCGGCCCCAACAGCGAAUUCCGAGAUUAUCAGUUGCAGUUGAGACUGAUUGAGGAUCUAAAUAGAAAGCGUCUCAUGAAGGCCGGACAGCGGCAGGCUUUAGCAACUACGAACAAUCGUGAGGCUUUUGUGCGGCUGCUCCUUGACAAGGGUGCCAACAUUCAAGUGAAGGACAAGGACGGUUUGACGCUGCUGUGGUGUGCCACUAUACUCGGGGAAGAGGCUGUUAUACGGCUGCUCCUGGAUAAAGGCGCUAAUACUGAGGGGACAGACAAAGUAGGCAACACGCUGGUAUCAUAUGCCAUCAAGGACAAUAACAAGCCUGUCGUACGGCUUCUACAACUCCAUACUACAGUGGGCCUCGAAGAGUCUCCCCACCCCCGGCCCAAGCACAAUUACAACCUUCGGCCUCGGCACACUUAG